ACACUACAUGUUUGUGUACAGUGUAUCGAUUUUCUUAUCAGAACCUGUAAAAUCUAGGGGUAUACAUAUACCAACACGAACCGAAAAGUCAAUUCAACUGAGGAUGGACAGCCUAAAUUUAUUUGUUGGAUUAUUUGGAACAUUUCUAAUUGGUUUUGAUCUUCCCGUGGUAUCUGCUGUGUAUUCCUGUACGUCUUACAACCCCUACUUCAAGACCGAGCUUUGCUACAACAAACAGACCUGUUGCGGAUAUUAUAGCUACCGAUACUGCUGUCACGACUUAAGUUCAGGCUCUAUCGCUGGGAUUGUAAUAGGAUGUAUCAUUGGAAUCGUCUGCUUGGGAGUGUUCAUUGUCGUCUGCUGCAAAAUGAUGAACAAAAAUAGGGGCGCGACAGGAAGAGUUGUCUACCCUAACAAUGGCAACGCGAACGUGACCAUACUGAACUCACAGAACCAUCCAGUUUACCCAGGUUAUUCUCAGCAAGGUUACCCCGCCUAUCCCACAGCCCCGGCGUACCCUCCCCCUGGGGCCGGUCCGGCUUAUCCCCCUGCAGGACCGUCGCAGUACCCCCCUCCCCCGCCACAGUACAGCCAGACGGACCCCGCCCCUGCCCCAUACCCCCAAAAGUACUGACCACGAAACAAGCUCUUCUGGAAGCUCAUCUGUGAUUAACUCAUUCUUUUUGUUGUCGAUUUCAUAACAAAUGAACUAAAAUUGUAACGAAUGGAUGAAGAUUACAAGAGACAUUGCACAGUUGUUAAAAAAUAUCUACUAGUCUUGAAUUAACAAAUCAUUGUUAUAUUGUUUUGAAAUUUAAUUUUAAUUUCUUCUUUAUAUAAAGCAAAUUGAGACCUCUUGUUGUGAUUUAUAUGUUUUCUUUGUUUAAUUGUUUUAUUGACGUUUAUGUAAUUGAUAUUCUGGAAAAUUCAACAUAUUUUUUCUGCUAUGUAAUAUAUAUCAAAGCUACAUGUAUGACAUUUUAACGAAUGGAAUUUGUAGUUGUAUUUGUCUAAGUGAAUAGCCUAGACACACAAAAUGUUAGUAAACGAGGUUAAAUGUAUUAUUUGUACUGACUACACAUGAUAAUCGAGAACGUUAUAAUACCGGUAUUCAUUGAUAAAUUUGCACUCAUGUAAUAUGAUGAUUAAAGAUGUAAUUUUGUUUAAAGCACAACGUUUCUCUGAUAAAAGAGGUAAUCCACUAACA